AAAGUAUUACCUACAGCAUGUCUUUCAGGCUUCCCUAAUGUGAUUGGUGCCAUAGACUGCACACACAUCCCCAUCAAGGCCCCACCAGGCCCAAAUGAAGGGGAUUUUGUAAAUCGAAAGGGGUUUCACAGUGUAAAUGUGCAGAUGGUGUGUGACUCUAUGCAUCUGAUCACAAAUGUGGAGGCAAAAUGGCCAGGAUCAGUUCAUGACUCGAGGAUUUUCCGAGAGUCACAUUUAUUUACAUUAUUUGAACGUGGGGAUUUUGACGGGAUCCUGCUUGGAGACAGGGGCUAUGCCUGCAGGCAGUAUUUUAUGACGCCCUUCCCUGACCCAAACCCUGGACCACAAACCCGAUAUAAUGCUGCUCUAGCCAGGACAAGGGCACGCAUUGAAAUGACAUUUGGACAACUGAAGCAAAGAUUUCAGUGUCUGAAAAGUCUGAGGGUUGCACCUGACAGGGCCUGUGACAUUAUUGUUGCAUGCGUCAUAUUGCACAAUAUUGCCACCAUCAGAAAGGAGAGGAUCCCUGUGGUGGGGGUGCAACCUGAUGAUGACGACCUCCAGCCAGUGCACUUGGACCAACCUAGUGGCAGAGCUGCGCGGGACAGAAUUGUGGAGCACCAUUUUUGAAUGUUGAAUAAAAAAAAGACACCACACAUAUGCUUAGUUCCUGUAGUUUUAUUUAAGUGA